GGCUCUUGCCUUGGCCUCUGUCACAAGACCGAACAACUCACCAAAAAUGCCGUCUCAAGCAGCUCCUGAUAUCAACGUCCGCUCUACCUCGGGCAGGAGCAUCGCUUGCCCCUCUGGUAUCUUCAUCAACAAUGCCUUUGUCACCGCCAUCGAGGGCAAGAAGCUGGACACUGUCAAUCCAGCAACCGGUCAACAUUUGGCGACCGUAGAGUGCGGUACAUCAAAAGACGUCGAUGUCGCCGUGAAUGCCGCAAAGCAAGCGUUCGCAACCACUUGGGGCCGUAAGAGUACUCCCGCUCAACGUGUCAGCUGCCUACUGAAACUUGCCGAUCUAAUUGAGGAAGAGGCUGAUGAGCUGGGAGAACUGGAGUCGCUCGAUAACGGCAAGCCCAAGUGGAUCGCAAAGACAAUGGAUGUAGCGGAUGUGGCUGGCUGCUUCCGCUAUUAUGGGGGCCUGGCGGACAAGAUCGAGGGCAAGACGAUUGAGCUGAAUGAGUCCAUCAAGAUGGCAAUGACAAAGGUGCAGCCAAUCGGAGUCUGUGCAGCCGUAUGUCCAUUCAACUAUCCGCUGGGUAUGCUCUCGUGGAAGUUGGCACCUGCGCUGGCUGCCGGCAAUUGUGUCAUCUUGAAGCCAGCUGAGCAGACGCCCAUCACAGCUCUACGCAUCGCUCAACUUGCUGUGAAGGCAGGAUUCCCACCUGGAGUUCUGGGCGUCAUCAACGGCUAUGGACCUGAUGUUGGCGCAGCACUUGCAACUCAUACCGGCAUAGAUAAGAUAGCUUUCACGGGAAGUACGGCGACUGGUAUGAAGAUUGCGGAGAUGGCAGCCCGAUCCAACCUCAAGAAGACGACGCUGGAGCUGGGAGGCAAGAGCCCGGUCUUGGUCUUCGACGACGCAGACCUCGAGAAAAGUCUGCCCUGGGUAGUCCUUGGUAUCAUGUUCAAUCAGGGACAGGAUUGCACUGCUGGGUCGCGUCUCUUUGUACAAAGCGGCAUCUACGAUACUUUUGUGAAAAGAGUGGUUGAGGCCGUUCAACAGCAUGCCAUAGGCGAUCCUCUAGACGACAACACUUUCCAGGGUCCACAAGUUUCCCAAGCUCAGCAGACCAAAAUUCUUGACCUCAUCGAGAGUGGCAAGUCAGAGGGCGCCAAGCUCGAGUGCGGCGGACAGAUCUGGCCGGGAGCCAAAGGGACCAAGCUGGAGAAGGGCUUCUGGGUCGCUCCAACGGUCUUCUCGGGCUGCAGCAAAGGCAUGCGCAUCUUCGACGAGGAGAUCUUUGGCCCGGUCUUGAGUGUAGCCAAGUUCGAGACCGAGGAAGAAGCCAUCGCCCUCGCCAACGACACUGACUAUGGGCUCGGAGCGGGUAUCUUCUCCCAGGACAUUUCGCGGUGCAUGCGGGUAACUGGCGCUAUAGAUGCUGGGACGGUCUGGGUCAACAACUACGUAGUCUUGUCCAACUCUGUUCCCUUUGGAGGCUUCAAGCGAAGCGGUAUGGGUAGAGAGUUGGGGGUGGAUGCGAUCAAAGAGUACACGCAGGUCAAGUCGGUCCACAUCAAUUGGGGCGAGGAGAUGGAGUGGCCGCUGCGAGGGUGAGAGCGGUCUGAAUGCUCCCGUGCUUGUGCUGCUGCGAUCGUGGCUCGUUGAAUCCACACCUUUCACUUUGUCAAUGUUUGAGUCAUUCUCCUUCCUCCUUUUGCUUCUGUUCAAUUUUCGGACUCCACGAAAGGACUGCGAGUCCGUGAGCUCAAUGUCGUGCCUAGCCCUCAACGGAAAGAUCCAGCAUCCUACUCAGGAUUGUGCAACAUGCGCUUCGGAGCCGACAUCACAGGACACAUACCGGUGAGGAGCAGGACACCGGCCAAUAGGGUGACAUCUGAGAGACACGCACACAUUCGUUAUCGCACGGAACAGUGGAGACUAUGAAUGUUAUGUUAUCGCGUAAAUGCGUCGCUGUUCUAUUUCAACACUCGUAAUUGC